GUAAAACACUGUCUUCUUGUUGCGAGGCAAAAUGGCGGCUGCCGGCGAAGGAAGAUGGCCAAACAAAAAGGAGCAAUAUGAGCUUCAGGAAGUCAUCGGUAUAGUUUUGAAGUUUUGAUUUGCAUUUCCAAGAUAAGGCGAUGUUUAAAGCAUGAUUCUUUUCGCUUAGGGUACGGAGCAACGGCAGUUGUCCAAGCCGCAAAGUGCAUACCACGUAAUGAACGAGUUGCUGUGAAGAGAAUCGACUUGGAGAAAUGUGGAGCAAGCAUCGAUGAAAUGAUGGUAAGCUAGCUCGUGCUUUGAAAAUGUGCAAAAUGAUUUGGAAACGCUGGGUGUUAAAGUGCAAAGAACAUGCUUCAGAUAACUGCGUGAACUUGGUUUCAUUACGAGCCGGCCAUUUAAUAGCGUCAUUAGUACCUGUACAUAGUGUAUGCUAGCUUUUUAAUUUUACGACGUAUGAAUGGCAUUGGAAGGCUGCAAACAAUCUUAUGCUUAAAUUUAACAUAAAGAAAAGUAAAUAGUAUUCUAUUUUCGUUGUGCUAGUUUUCUGUGCUUUCGUCGAGAAAAGUAAAAUUUUCCGCUUAGAGCUUACUAGCUAGUCACGCAUGAAAAAGUCAUGAUUAAGCUUAUACUAAAUUAACCGCUCCUGGUUAGUAUUCAAGCCAACUUAUAUAAAGGAGCCUUUAAGACUUCGCCUGUUUGGUAAACGUAUUGAGAUAAGUAAACGAAUAAGCAAAUGAUAAAUAUGAAAUCAUUGCAGAAAAAUAUAUUUAAUGUCAAGAGGGCCCACCCCUCCCCCUCCUCCCCUAACCCCCAAACCCCACUGGGUAUUUGUCAGGUUCUCCGUUGCCACGGUGGGGCAUCAAGGUUUAAGGUCACUUCAUUUCAUGGUCAGAUCAUUCCAUCUUAUAGGCAGAUUGUUCCACAGUUUCGGUGUAAAACUCUGCGUGAAGUGUGCUUUUUUGGCUUCUUCGCUUAAAGAAUUAGGUAUACAUAUGAGUAACACCCUUUUUUCUGCUUGUGGCUUAAAGACUUGUGAAAAAUUUUGACUAUAUUGUGGAAUGAUGUGACUAUUAUUAGAAGAAUCUGGAUUGGAAUGAUCUGACCUUGACUGUAGCAUGAAAAGAGAGGAAAAGUGUGAUAUAAUGUUACCAUGGUUGCAAAAUUUCUGGAUCUUAGCAACCUUUAAGAUACUGUGACAGUGAUGAAUGUGUCCUUUAAAAAGCAAUAGAGUACCAACGUGUGACGUCAUAGAAAAUGAAAUUUGUGAAAUUAUGGGAUUUGUUAAGAUAUUCUGAAAGAACAACGUCCAAGAUGCCUACUCACCAAAAAUUAGCAAUUUGGGGCAGAUUGUCUCUGAGAUAUUAGCCCAGUUAUGCUUCGAUGACGCCAUGCAAAUCCUUCUAAAUCUUACCUGGUUCGUAAUCUUAUGAACCAAGCCAUAUUUAGAAGGAUUUGUAUGGAAUGAUGUCACAGCAUAACUGGGCUAAUAUCUCAGAGACAAUUUGCCCCGAAUUGCUAAUUUUUGGCGAGUAGGCAUCUUGGACGUUUUUCUUUCAGAAUAUCUUAACAAAUCCCAUAAUUUCACAAAUUUCAUUUUUAUGACAUCAUCACUUUGGUACUCUAUUAGGCCCUUUUUAAAACUCCAGCACGAUUUUCUUAACUCACUUACAUUGCAACUGAAGGAUCUGAAGUGGGUACCUAUUAUGCAUGGAUAUGUUAGUUGUAGAUCACUUGUAAGCCACUUGCAUUCUUUAUUAAACACUAGCCAUUUUUAAGUCAACAAAAGCUGAUCAGAACUCCUGAGGUUGCUUGGCCUAAUUUUAAUGGAAUCCAUGUUUUCUUCUUUGCGUUCAAUCAAAAUAUUUAUCAAUAUACAGACUUCUAUAUUUUGGCACUAAAAAUUAACCAUUCUUUCUUUGUUUCUUUCUUUCAUUUUCUUUCACAGAAAGAGAUUCGUACAAUGAGCCAGUGUAACCAUGAGAAUGUAGUGAAUUAUUACACUUCAUUUGUUGUUAAACAGGAGCUUUGGAUUGUUAUGAGAUUGCUGAAUGGAGGUAUGGAACACAAGUGUAUAUUCCAGAUGCGGCAGAGUGUUUUGAAAUGUGGAGUGGGGGGGGCAUCUACCACUCAGCCAUAUGCAUACCCCUACUCAGAUUUUUUCAAAAUGCUCUUUGCAUUGUUCUUUGGCACAAGCAAUCUUCACAGUGUCUAGUGUGUCUGUAAUCAAUUUGUGACAACAGUAGACAGUUGUCCUGGCAGUCCCAGGGUUCUCAAUAGAAGGCGGCACCCGGCGAUUGAUCGCCGCUUACUUUGGGAUUUAUAGCCGCUUACUUUGUGUUUAAGUCGCUUUUCUUUGCUUUGUUUUGUUCUUCUGCAAGUUUGCUUGAGUUGUUUCCGAAUCGCUCUUUCGUUUCUUGCACGACUGUGAUCCAAACAAAACCGGAUCGAUGAACGCCAUUUUACUAGACUCCAGGCCUUCACGGUGGAACAUUGUAACAAGUCCGUAUGUUCCAAAAUGGCGCCAAAAGCGCCAUACGUGGUGCAGAAAGAACUUACUAGUUUCUUUGGCUUCCCGCAAAGCGCAUCGAAGAAAGCUAAAGGUAAGUUUAAAAUUUUACUGUGCCUUGAUAUUGAAAUAUUAAUUUUAAUUCCUUAAGUGCCAGGACAAAUUUUUUAUCACUCUGAAAGCCGACGUAUAUGAUAAGCCGUCAAGGCCUUACAACAUCAUGUACUAUUAAUAAAGUUUUUCAGUUUUUUCAUCACUGUCAUUAUAGUUGUUUUUAUUUCCUGGAACAAGCCUUACAGCAUUUUAUUUUUCAGGCAUAGAACCUGAGCCCCCACCAACCCCAACAAAUGUUGAAGAAUGUGGUGAGCCUUCAAGUAUUUACAGUUCUUCUUGUGCUGCCGGUUCCCCAAGCAUGGAAAGUUCUUCCUCAAGCAUUUCUCGACCUCUUUCAAGCAGUGCCAGUGGUUGUUCUUUACCAAACCCAGUUUUGUCCAAGCCUGUUAUAGAACCAUGUGAGAUGAGAAAGUUAAUCUCUGAUACGUUUGACUUUAUUGAUGACAUUUCUUGUGCACAUCACUCAUAUUAUCACUGCCUUGAGCAAAAUUGUCAAAGUGUUAGCAAUUCAGAUGCAAGUUUAUUUCAUGGAAAGAAAGAUAAAUUCCAGCACAAAUGGCUCUCUGAUAAAGAGCUCACAUACUGCCACCAGACUGGAUUUUUUUGGCUUUUAUAUGCUGAAGGCAAGGGAAUGUACUGCAUUCUCUGCUCCAAGCACAAAACAAGAAAUAAACAAAACCAGGCUGAUAUCUUUACCGGGAAACCUGGAACGAGAUAUAAGAAAUCUGCAUUAAAAUCACAUGCUGACUCUGAUCGUCACAAGGCAGCCAUUGAAGCAGAGCUACUGCAGAAAAAUUCUCAGUUUGCUAAGGACGUGGCAGAUAGAGCUGCUAAGGGAGACAAGACUAUGUUCUCUGCUUUUAUGUCAGCAUAUUGGCUGGCAAAACAUGAAGUGGCCAACUCCAAACUUUUGUCCCUUCUUAAACUUCUUGAAACAUCUGGAGUAGAGCAUAUGAAAUAUUUUUCAUACAAAGGUGAGGAAACACUUCGUGAUAUUUUUCUAACAACUGGUGAAGUAAUCCAAGAUACAAUCAUACAACAAGCAACUCAAGCUGGAUGCUAUGGUAUUUUAAUGGAUGAAGUAAGUGAUAUUUCAGUUCUGGAAUUAUUAGUAACUUUCAUACAGUAUGUUCAUGACGGGAAGUGAAAACAAAUUUCCUUUUGUUGAAGACCUCCUCAAGGCCUCCAGCUCAGCGGAUGCAAACACUAUCUAUACAGUUGCCACAACAAAGCUUUUGUCUCUCAAACUUGAGCUGAAUAAACUGGCAUCAAUUGUUACUGAUGGAGCAAGUGUGAUGACGGGCCAUAAAUCAGGUGUUGCUGCACUUUUAAAGGAAAGAGUUAACAAGUCCCUCAUCAAUGUUCAUUGCUUAGCUCACCGUCUUGCUCUUUCAUGUACAGAUACUGCAAAGGAUAUAAAGUAUAUCACUACAGUUCAAAAUUGGAUGAAGCAACUGUGGAAAUACUUUGAGAACUCUCCCAAAAGAACAGCACUUUACCUAAAAGUUCAAAUUGAAGUGAAGAAAUUGAGUGUGUCAGACAAGGUUAGCAAGAAAGCUCAUAAGAAAUUGAAGAAAGCUUGCUCAACGAGAUGGCUUUCCUUUGAUGCUUCAACACAAGCAGUGUAUGCUGAUUAUGUAGCUAUUCUCAUUACUCUCUCAGAGUUAUCAGCAAGUGAUGCUACUGCUAAAGGUCUUCUACAUGAAAUAAGAACAACCAAAUUCUUGGGAACAGUGUACAUUUUGAAACAAGUUCUCCCAGAGCUCUCAAAAUUGAGUAAAACUUUUCAGUACAGCAAUACCAAUUUCUCAACCGUGCAAUCAUCUGUUGACUACACAAUUAUUGACAGGUUGAAGAAAAUUAAGAAGGAGAUGACUCCACUCAAGAAUGUUAAAGCUGAUUUGGAUCCUGUUAAUGGAAGACUUCAACUCAUCUCUGCUGUGCAACAGGACACAAGUAACCAACCAAGUACUUGUGACGAUUCAGCUAAGCCAUCAGUGAUACAGAAGUUGUCAGAGCUUAGACCACUAGAAAUGAACCAGGGAACAGAGAAGCAGCUGUCCGACCUGUUAUCCAAGUACAUCACAUGUUUAGUAUCCAACAUCAAUGACAGAUUUCAGGAAUCCUUGCCUGUUGUGAGUGCAUUUCAAGUCUUUGAUCCAUUGCUAGUUCCAGAUGUUGGAGGUGUCGGUUUUUCUGACUAUGGUGAGAUUGAUGUGAAAACAAUGGCAGACCACUUUUAUUCAGAAUCUGCUGUGAAGGCUACCCAGUUGAAAGACGAGUGGAGAAAAUUCAAAUAUGAUCUUGCAAACUGGAAGAAAGUCCCAGAGGAACUCAAGCCCAAGAAGAAGACAGCUCAUGCACAAUCAACAUCUUGUACAGAAGGGACAACUGCCACCUCAGGAAUGCAGCAGCAGAAAGAGCAGGCUAAGAAAAAGCCAGAAGUUAAGAAGAGACAACAAUCGUCAACAGAGUGGUGUAUGCAAAGGCUGAUUACCUUGAAACAAGGACUUCAGUUUGGAUUACUACCACAGAUCGCAGAAAUUGCAAGUUCUUUGCCUAUGUCAAAUGUCUGGCCAGAGAGAGGGGCAAGCUGUUUAAAGAGGUUGAAGACAAGGCUCAGAAGCCGAAUAAAUGUUGACAUGCUUAAUACUUUGAUGCUAAUCUCAAUCAAUGGCCCUGACCUUUAUUCUCCUGAAUGUAAUGAAUUGAUUGAAUCAGCUGUUCUUCUGUGGAAUAACAAGAAAAACAGAAGGAAACUCCCUCCUAACGUUCCUGUUGAAACAGAAUCAACUGUUUUUGUGGCAGUUCCACAUUCAGUUGAUUCAGCUUGUCAGACAGAAGCUUGUGAGACAGAGAGUACUCUGGAGGAUUCUUUUCUCAAUCAACAAUCCAUUUCUGAUGAAAGUGAUGUUAUAUUGGCAUUGGGUCUAUCUCGGGAAGAGAGUGAAUGUGAUUCUGACUUUUAUUCCGACUCGGAGUUUGACUAACUUCAAUUUCAAAAUAGAACAUGCAAACAUCAGCAACGGUAAGGCUAGUAACUUUAUUGUACUUCUCAGCUUCAGAUAACGCUUUAUACACUAACAGGUAUAGGCAUGCAUUCUAGGAAUAUUCCGGACCGGGACCUUAGAUGGUUUGCUUUGACACCUCUGGCUUUGCUGAAGAGCCUCCUACUUUAUCAGUGAUCACCUCCUACUUAAAAAUCUAUUGAGAACCCUGCAGUCCUACUUCAUUGUGUUUCUUAGGUAGUUUUUUGAGUCGUCUGAGGGCAGAAAAUGUUGGCUUUGAGGUAGCAGAUGUCACAGGUACAUUGUAUUGUCAAAUACAUCCAUAAAAGUGUUUUUUGACACCAAGCCCCCCCCAAUUUUUAUUUAGGGGGGCUACGCACCCCCCUGCCCACUGCUGUGCUGCAUACAUGCAUGCAUUACCAUUUAAAGAGGCUGUGUCUCAGCUUUCAGGUUUGUUAUGUUCAUAUUGCAGUCAGAUCAAUUUAGGUUUCCAGGAAACUGCCCACCUACCCCUCCCCUAAGUCAACAUUAACACUUACUUCUCACUUAGGACAAAAUGUUGGAUUAGGGAAGGGGUAGGUGGGCAGUUUCCCAGAAAGCUGAACUAUUGAUCCUUGCAUUCCAAAUGUUCUUGUUUGCCGUGGAAUUACUGAAAUUACUUGGUCUUGAAAAUGACAAAACCAUAAUGUCUCCUUAGCAUUAUCUCAAACCAUAUUCAAAUGUUACAAGCAACAAAAAUGACCCUUGAAAAAAUGUAAGGCUAACAAGUUUUCAAAACCACAAGUCAAAAAUAGAUAUUGCAAUCUGUUUCACUGCUCGUCAAGUGUGUUUAUCAAUGCCUACCUUUGGCAUUUACUGUCUUGUUUAUUAACCGUCUUUUAACGUUUUGAGCAGUUAAUUUCAUGUUUCACUCAAUUUGGUCACAGUUCUCACUGUUUCUGUUUUGCUAUUUGUUAAAUGAUGCAGGGUCAAUGCUUGAUGUCAUAAAGCACCAAAAGAAGAGAAGCAACUGCGAAGAUGGUGUCCUAGAUGAAGCAGUGAUAGCAUCAGUGUUGAGAGAGGUUCUUAAGGGUUUGGAUUACUUUCACAGCCAGGGUCUCAUACACAGGUACAUUUUAAAGCGGUGGUUUACAUAGUGACAACCAAAUGUUAGAAAAGAGUAUAGAUUUCGCCUUGUCACGCCUGCUUCCUGAUGUGUGUCAGUGUUCUCACUAAGACUUCAAGUUUUCGUGUAAAUACAACAAGUAGGUAGGGAAUCAAACAGCUAGGGAUUUCUCUUCGUUCUAUUUUUCUUCUAUUUUCUAAUGAAAGUAGCUGGGAACCACAUUCAUAGAAGUCGGGGGAAUUAAAUCCCCAAGCCCUGGCUCUUAAUAGGGACUUUAAGAUCCAAUGACGCAGAUGGCAACAAAAACGUCAAAAAAAGACAAUAAUUUAGUGGGUUUUUUGUACAUUCUCAAUUAUUGGUUUAAUAAGCAAAAAAAAACAACUUUGCAGGUGCAUCAUGCUUUUUCUGACAUUUCUUUCUUGUUUUUGCAUGACUAGAACGUGAAAAUGCCUAAUAUUAAUUUUUGCGCUUUAUGGGGGACAAAUUUUUAUCUCUCUUUCUGAGAUUGGAUAUGGUCCCUAACCCUUGAAAAUCAGCUUCAGUAGGCUUCACCUACAUUUGACAAAAUAAGUAAGUGGGUAGCAAAAAUUGCUAUGACAGUCCUGGUGCCUCAUGCCAGAACUUUUCAUUUUUCUUGCCCAUAGCAAAUUACAAUGUGUUGUCAGGCACCUCUACACCAACCAUUUUAGAUGCAUGUUAACCUUUUGCUUUGUUGUUGCAGGGAUGUUAAAGCAGGCAAUAUUUUAUUAGCUACUGAUGGAACAGUACAAUUAGCUGGUAAGUUCUUGAAGUUUGUUUCAGUCCUUUACAGUACUGUUACAAGAGAGAUCCUACUUCCACAAUUCAAUGUUUUGUAAUUAUUGCUGCAAAUUUAGUGUUCUCUUUCUUUAAACAUUUUUUAAUAACCCUACUAAACAAUUCUACAAUAAGUUUAUAUAAAUCAAUGCAGCAAGCUUACUUAUUAAUAUUUAUGUAACCCUAUUGUUUUUGUAGCAGUUUGUCUGCAUCAACACAUUAUUAAUUAUUUUAUUUUUAUUCAUACCAAUUUUUUUAGACUUUGGUGUAAGUUCUGUGAUCAGUGACUAUGGUGACAGAUCAAGACCUAAAGUGCGAAAGACGUUUGUUGGCACACCAUGCUGGAUGGCACCAGAAGUCAUGGAGCAGGUACAAAUUCUACAUUCAUGUUCCUCUAAGAGUCAAGCUCUAACAUGCCACAAAAUACAAUCAUCUGUAUUUCCUAUUUCACAUUAAAUUAAGCAAUAAAAGAUUACAUAAAUGUACACAAAUUUAAGUGUAUAAUUUAUUGAUAAAACAACCGUGUACAAUCCAAUAUGCAGCUAGCAAAAUACAAAUUUUAAGAUUGGGAAGUUUGGACAGUUACUUAAUCUUGCUUCCUAUUGUCAGCUCAUGGUUUAUUCUGGUGAUUGAUUCUGUGUACUUUUCUUUUCUCUUUUUUUUUUCGGUCUGUAAACUUGUUGGAGUUCAAGUACCAAGUCCAGGGACGGCUUACUCGUAGUAAUUGUUAAUAACUUUGCGGAGUGAUCUAUUGUGAGACAUGAAGGCUGUGCUCUAGCAGUGCCCGGGACCGAGCCUGGUGGGCCAUAGCUGGCUCCUAACCUUUGCUCCUGGUUGACUGAAAAAUCAUAAUUAUCAAUUUACCCUUAGAAAUGUUAUGCUGUCACCCUGGAUUUUACAACUCAGAGCACUAGGCUCCUUUCAAUAUUUCUUAGGGCACAGUGUUGGGGGUAUAAUAAAUUAUCUGUAGUUCAUACAUGUAAUUAUACAAUCAAUAGAAAAUAAGAUUUGUCUAUAAUUUAGUUGUUUACAUGUGAUAGGUCCAUGGCUAUAAUCACAAGGCUGACAUCUGGAGUUUUGGUAUCACAGCCAUUGAAUUAGCAACUGGCAUAGCACCAUAUGCAAAAUAUCCAGCUAUGAAGGUGAGUUGUAAUUAUUUUAGUGGUAAGAGUUCACUUAGAGAAAAAAGAUGACAUGUACAUGUACAAGAUUAAAUGUACAAGGAAAAAAUGAGUCCUUCGAGCUAAAUUUUAGAGUUUUUGACCCCACCCCCUUAAGAAAGGGUGCAGCAGGACGUAUUUGUAGUACAUGUAGGUUUUUAAUAGUGAUUUUGACAUUACUGAAUACUUAGACUGUUUACAGUCCCUUAUUUUUCCUCCAAGUUAAUGUCAAGAAGAGUAUGUCCUACUUCAUUCCAACCAGAAGUCAAUUCCUUCAAUGUUUUAUGUUGGCUCAGAGUGAUCCAAAAUAGUUAAAAAUCAGGUGAAAUCAAAUGGUAUAAUGAAAGCAUUUACAGAAAUGGUGUCAUGCCAAUAACUUGUCAGUGUCAGCCUUCAAUGUAACAAAUAUCUGUUGUCUAACAAGAAAUCAGAUGCCUGCAUCACUGGAGCAACACACUACUUGAAUGCAAGGAGUGUAAUACUGUAAAGUUAACUGAAAAUAACAACCCUCCGAAAGUAGCGAUCUCAAAACUAAUUUCCCUUUUUGCCAAUAAUAAUGGAUAGAUAAUUUAUCCUAAACAACUGCCACACUGAUCUGAGGUUUAUUAAUAAUGAUUACAUGUAUUGUACAUUCCUAUUCAUAACUUUUAAAGUACAGGAUAUACAUUAACUUUUUUCAAAAAGUAUUCCUUUCACAUUUUUUGCAAUUUUACUUUUUGAAGUGCCCAUGUGGAGUACGUUUUAGCCAGUCUGAAAGUAACGACCCCCUGAUAGUAGCGAGCCUCCGAAAGUAGCGAUAGCAGAAGGGUUCUAAAUCCGAAAGUAACAAGGGUUGUUACUUUCAGAACUUUACUGUAUUGCAACAGUCUGUCCAUUUUUCUUACCUCCCCCUGCCCCCACCACCACCACCACUGUAAACCCUAACACCCAUCCAUGAAACCCACAUGACUGAUGACUGCCCAUCAUGGUAAAGACUUGAUCUCCUCAAUCUUAAGGAAAAAAUAAUUAAUAUGGUACUGUAAACAGUCUAAUAACUAAACAAUAAAUAUAGCUGGCAUGAGAAAAACUCCUUAAAUUUUCUUGUUCUAUUAGGUGUUAAUGUUGACACUUCAGAAUGAACCCCCUUCCCUUGAUACAGUGGCACAGAAUGAAGGCAACAAAGAAGGCUACAAGAAGUACUCAAAAGUGUUCAGAAAGAUGAUAAUUUCUUGUCUACAAAAAGACCCAGCACAGAGGUCUAAUUUUUGUUGUUUAUUUUAUUAUUUACUUUAUUAUUUCUUUUAUUUUUCAACUCAGAAUGGUCUAUAGUGGAUUUAUUCUCGUUCUCUGUAAUGGUAGAUGUACUUUGUGGAUAACUGUGCUAACUUGAUUUGUUUUGUUUUGGUGCAAACUUUUCAGACCAGAUGCGAGUGAGUUAUUGAAGUUGCCCUUCUUCAAAAAAGCUAGGGUGAGUUUACAGCCUUCUGAAACAUAAUAAUAACCUCUAAAGCAGGCCCAAAGGAAGUUUAAGGUACUUGUAAUACAAUGCAAUAAAAAAGGAAACAACUACUAAUAAACCUACUAAAAUUAUUGUUUCCUGUCCCAUAUUGAAGUGAAUGUUAUAUUACCAUUUAUUAUUAUAAUGUAAAUAAUCUAGUAGUCCAGGGCCCUGUUUCUCUAUUAAUAGUUGGUAACUUUACAGGUCUGAAAUCCAAAUUCUGAUUAACUGAAGAACAAAAGACUGUUUCCUACAGUAGCUAAGAAAUCAGUCCAUUUUGUUUUCUGUACUGAUUAGUUUUAUCAUUACAUUGUAUCAGUAAACCUGCAUAUAUUGAAACUUUGAUCUUUUAUGCAAACAACUUGCAAUGGCUUUUUGGGCCUGUUAUCUAUCAGGAGAUUCAGGAAUUGUGCCCUAGACCUAGGAUACAUGUCCAUUUAACCCAUGGGUACUUUAACCCAUUUUGAACGAGAUGCAUGAGAAAAUGGAAGGCUGCUCUGAUCGCAAGAGAGGAGAAGGCCUGCAAGAAGUCAGACUUCGUACUUUUCUCCUUGCAUUGUGUUCAAAAGCAUUUUCUCAGAUGAUUUCAGUUCUCUGUUAUUUUUAGAGCUUUCAAUAAUCAACUUGUAGACAAAAAGAAUUCAAACUGAAAUGCUCUUUAGGCUUUCAUAUCUGAAUUCAAAUCUCAUACUAACCCUGGGUUAUUGUAACCGCUCUUUGAACAACUCGACCCUGCGUUCAAAUCCUUGGCCACACUUGUUAAUAACCAAAUGGUUACCUCUUCCGGUUAUUUGGGAUUUUUAAUCCUGUCAUGUUUUAUUUACAUUAUUUGUUUCUAAUAAGUAAUUUUUGAGUGGUUACCUGGAUAAGCUAAUCGAACUUUUUCAAUAAACAAACUCUUACAUGUGUAACUUUUUUUUUUAAUGACAAUGGUUAUAGUAGGGGUGUAGUUAUAAUAAAAUAAUGCUUACUGUAAUGAUGAUGAUAGUAACAACGUUAUUAUAAUGACGAUGAAACAAUCAUUGAUGCAAUUUUUGUGUAAAUUUGUUAGGAGAAAGACUUUUUAGUGGAAGCAUUAGUUCCCCUAAUGCCUUCAUUGGGUGAAAGAUCACAAAAGGUAAGAUGUUUUCUUUGAUGCUUCUUCUACAAUCAGUUAAUGUCAUAAGAAUUCCAAGAAACUCUCCAUUCAACACAAAAUUGCAGAAGUUUCGGUUGGUAUAUCAAAUGGAACAGAUCAUUUCGGUUGUCUUACCGGAAUAUUCGUGACCAGCUUUGAAGGUAGUCCACUUUGACCGGACAAAAAUAUCCCUUUCCAUUUGACAAAUUGUUGUCCCCAGUACCGCUCUUUUGUAUCCUGGUUACAAGAACAAUAACCAAGCGCGCGGUGGCUUGGUUCGGGUCUGUGCAACCUGAAUGUACCGUUUCAUUAGGCACGUGAAAUUUCCGAAUUUUCAAACCCUUGAAUGGAAAGCGCCCCCAAACUCCUCAGUAAGCCCAACUGGCUGAGUCAUUGACUUACAUCCCUUUAAACCUUUUCUCCCAACAAAACCAAUACAUCAUAGGUAAACAGUCUUGAGAAUUGACAAAAUGAAAAGGAGUUAAUUUUCCAAGUUCUCAACGGACUCUUCAGGAAACUGUAUGAAGAUCAGUAGUGAGAAUUUGUAUGUGAAUAUUGGGGCUUAACAGUGCCACAUGAUGACCAGGGUAUGACAUUCAGUUGAUUUAUUUUUCUGAUUGACUUUCUUCAUUUUUUAGGUUAAACGAGUCCCAGGCUCCAGUGGGAGACUACACCGGGCUGCAGAUGGCAGCUGGGAGUGGUCUGAUGACGAGGGUCAUAAAGACGGUGACAGUGAUGACGGCAAUGACGAUAAUAAGGAUCAGAAAAAAACUAAGGUAAAAAUUUAUAAUUGAUAUAAAGACAUUUGUCUAGAGAAGGUCAGUAACCUGGGGCGUAGCUAGCUUGUCGACUAUUUGUAGGCCUGGCUGACUUUCAUUUCCACAUAUCCUGAAAAUUGCACGCAUGGCUAGUACGUCCUGACCUCACCAACACUUUCAGCUCUUAUUAAGCUUUUUAGCUCACGCCAACAGCGCAUAGUUUAUUACAAGCACAGAGUUAUCAAAUCAAAAAUUUGUAGACCCAGGCCUACAGGACUAAGGCCUGGCUACGCCCCUGGUAACUCUCCAGGCUUGCAUGGUCUGUGAUUGAAGAAUGAAACAAUAUAGUUAUUAUUCAACAGAAACAAUAACCCAAGCCGUAAAAUAAAUCAGGGAAGCUACUGCCUCUAGAGGCCAAUGAAAAUACAGGUCUCAAAUGGAAGAGCUACUAUACUACUCUUUGUCAACGGUAGCUAGUUACGUUGUUGAUAAUGUUAGUCACAACCUGUUUCGUUCUGACAGAGUACUGCUGUUCUCACACACUUCAUUUCCUGCUCUUUAGCAAGCUUAGCUGACAACGAAAAAGGAUGUCGUCGUUGAUGGUGCCGACUUGGUUUUCCCAAAGUGAAUAGAGUGGAAUGGUUAUAAAGCCCGUUAGACUCCUUUGUUAUAUGUUUUAGUGGGCUUAAGCAACGUUCAAUAGUAUUUCUAUCAUUGUCAUCUUAUUGACCAGUUAAAACGUCUCAUUAAUAUAUUAAGUGUUGAGAAAAUCUCCUUCUCGUAGUUGUUCUCGUCUUAGAAUCCAAGGUCUCUAAUCUCGCUAGAACUUGACGGCUAUCAUGUUUUCCCGCCAAAAUGGUUCACGCGCGCGCACUGCUUAGCGUUGAGAAAUUCUCAUGAUCGUUCCCGUCUUAGCAUCUAAAGUUCUCUACUGAUUGGUGCACCACGAACUUAACUCAUAGGUGAGGGGAUUCAAUUCUAAGCAUUCUCUGUUCCCUGUGACAGACUUAAAAGUUCUGAAUCAACUGUUUUAUUAAAAUUAUUAGUGUGGCAGUUUUGUUACGGGGAUUGUGCAUUUACUCUUGUUAUGUUGUUUAAAGGAAAACCGCCCCAAGGCAGAAGGCAAGAAUGUUGAAGUUCAGCACCAACCAACACCGACAACACCCAAACCUCGUAAGUACAAACGCACUUGCGUUAUGAAUCCCCUUUUUAAUGUUCUUUUCAGGGAUCAUUGAUGUCAGGCAUUCUCUAGUUGUUCGUGGGCUAAGCUUUGCUUUUACUCGGUUUUGGGUCCCACUUUCCGCUCGGUAAAUAGCAUCUAUCAUUUAUUCAAAAUUUUUCUUCUUUUUUUAUUUGCUUCAACCACCAAUUAAUCCUGCUAGAGUAGGCAAAUUUAAAAGAUUUUUUUUUCUAUGAUUCAACGUUUGAUCUCACCUAAACAAAAUAUUGGACAAUUGACGUCUUGCAAAGACAGAAGAGAGGUAAAUAGGCUGUUGGUAGUGCAUGGAUGGAGAAUACGAAAAUAUGAAGAAAAUUUAUAAGUAUGGAUCAGAACAUUUUUCUAGUAUCUUGAAUUUCAGCUGCCAUAAUAGCGUCCCGUGGACCUAGGUGAAGAGAGCGAAUUUUGCAGGAAAAAGAUCUUAUAGACCAGGCCUCGGUUUUUUAAACUUUAGAUAGUACUAUCCACCGGAUAGAUCACUGUCGUACGUUAUAAGUAUCAGGGAAACCAAUUGCGCUAUCCAACCUAUGGAGAUUUAUCCAUUGGACAUAGGGUUAUACACCUUACCUUUUUCACCAACUGGAGCCUGAUAUUUAAUGCGUUGUGACGUGACUACUGACUUGCCAUUUAAUGCGUUGUAUGUCUUUUUUGUCUCAUGUCAGCGACGCCCUUUAUCGAUGAAUCUCUUCAAAUAACUUUUUUAGAUUCUGGUACUGAUUCUGGUUGCUUUUCCGGACUGAGUAGUUUCGUCCUCCAAAAUAAGGAUGCAAUUAUCAACAUUAUUAUUUGCUGAGUGUUGUGCUCUUGAGCCAUGUUCCUUGACUCUCCAUUUUUGUUUUCUAAAUGAGAUCUAUUUUCCAUUUAUUCACUUCUGCAGCUCCGCAAAUUAACCUGGAUCUUACUCUAAGACUAAGGUAAGUAUUUCAAUCGUUAUUUGCUACAAAUCGCGCGGCUGUGGUUUGUUAGCUGGCUAAAGGACUGUGUUUCACGGCAGCAUUGUCCAUUUUGUUUUGUUCCGCUACGAAAUAACUCGCUACGAAAGGCUUGUUUGCAGAGGAAAGUGCACUUAGUUUAUCCAGCUAGUUUACAGGCACUCCACUCAAAUACUUAGAGACAAAUAAUUCAAAUACAACAUAACAGGAUUAAAUACCCCCCAAUGGGAGGUGCGAACCUGUUGGCUAUUUACUAGCGUGUCCGAGUCGUCAGAGCGGGACUAGAACCCGGGGACCGCCGGAUUGCGAAUCUCGUUGACGCGCUGACCACUUGCCCACGCUGCCUCAUGCGAGUGUGAGUAUAAAUGGAGAAAUUACUUCUAAAUGACAAAAUAACCGUUUCGUUUCAUACAUGAUAAUAUGUCGCUACUAGCGCUAGAAUUAAACGUUGCAAAUGACAGAGAACAGAAAUUGAAAGGUAUUACAGUUUUCAGAAAACCUCGAUUGCGGCCCGUUUUAUUUUCAUCAGUUUCGUCCAUUGGUAUUUGCUCAGCCGUGUUAAUUAAAUGUUUGGUGACUGUGUUUUCUUUCUUGUUAGUGUGGUGUAUUUUUUGUUUGUUUGUUUGUUUGUUUGUUUGUUUUGUGUUGUUUUUCUUCACGCAGUUUUGUGGCUUCUUCCUAGCGGCGCGAUUUGGCUGAAAUCAGCCGGUACGAACCUCUCUCCUUCAAGGCACCCAGUGGGAUUACUUGCUCUGCACUUGUAUUUCUUGUCGUUCAGUUAAUGUUCAUCAGAGUAUAACAUAACUGCGCGUCCGAUCAAAAUAUAAACUUUUUUUUAAGUUAUGUCAACAUUGCGCCAUCUCCGCCUUAAAAGAGAAACAUGUAAUUGAAAAGCCGAGAACCUGUUUGACCUUCAAACAAUGCAGGUUCAGGAUUUUGGGUUUUGUUUUGUUUUUUUCUUCGCAGUAUUUCACCAACUGUUAUCUUUUUUAUUACACAGGAAUGCCAAGAAAGAAUUGAAUGAUAUCAGAUUUGAUUUUACCCCCGGAAAAGGUAAGCAGAAUGUUUCCAUCUAUCAAGAGAGGUUGCCUCAAGUAUUGACAGCCGUGUCUUAUAAGAAUUAAUUCUUACUCUCAAUCCUCCCUUUCGAAGAAAAAAAAAAAAGAUAGGCCUUUGUGAUUUAACUUCAACUUGUAUGGUAAGCCUGCUUGGAGGAACAUCAAUGUGAUUGUCGGUACAUUUGCAAGCAAGUUGGAACUGAUUGCGGAGGAACAGUGCAAUGCUUGGAAUUCCUUUUUACUUUGUUCGACAGCAUUUAAUGUGGUCCCCAAGUUGUGGGUUGCCUGUGAUUCGUUGUAGCUCAAAUAGCUUGCCCAGCACUGCGUUAACGUAUUGUUGUUACUACAGAGGGGUGCAUUUGUGUUUUAUUGACUGGCCAAUCAUUUCCAUUCACUAGAUACACCCGAGGGUGUCGCACAAGAACUGGUAUCCGCAGGUUUAAUAAGUGGACAAGAUUUAGUAGUCGGUAAGGAGUACUUCUUAAAACGGAUUUACUAGCCUGCAGUGCAGGCGUUUUCAUCAUGCGCGAAUGAUUUUAAUCACGAAAGCGCCAUGUUGAAACUCCCGAAGAGAGGAGGAAAUGGGGCGAGUCAAGGGAAGGGGCGGGGAGAAAGAAGAGAAAUAUUUUUCUCUCCUCCCCCUCCCCCCUCUCCUUUUUUUGCCCUCACACCUACCCUUAGGGUUACUAUCAUAUUUCUACUCUCCCCAAUCUUCCUCCGUCAUAAAAUCAAAGAUGGCGGCUUCAUCGUAGCGAUACGAUGAACAAGCAUUCGUUCACCCAAAAUACGCCUGCACUGCAGGCUACGUAUUUACCCACUCGUUAAUACAUGCAACGGAAAGGAAAAACGAUAUUAAAAAAAGAGCGAUAAUCAACAUCAACGACGACGACAGCAAUAAUUUAACUUUACCAUUCCUCAAUCAUCUAUUUAUUAUACAAACAACUAGUAAUAAUAAUUUUGAUAUACACAAUCUAAAUUCAUCUAUGUACAAAUAGAACAUGCUUAUUUAAAAUAUGUUUAAAUUAAUAAUGGUAAUAGGGCUGGGGGGAGUCCAAUACGGUCCGCGUAGCGGGAGUUGGAUUUGUUUAAUCACGAGUAUGAUUACAGAUCGAAUUGGACAACACGAAGUUCUGUUACUCUGGACUAUAGCAAAAUUUGUGAUUUUUUUUAGGCCUUUUUAAAUAAAAGAACAAGAAAUUCAGAGAGUUUCUUGCUAGCAGUGAAAAAAAAGCAAUUGAAGAGCGCGCGCGAUAUCCGGCGCGUACUGUCCAAUUACUUAGGCAUGACGCGUACUGUCCUAUUACACUGUCCUGUUAGUGCUGAAAUCAGGACAGUUGAUAGCCAAUCAGAUUUGAGAAUUUUGUCAUAGUUAUGAUUAAAGUAAGAAUAUCCUUGGCGCUUCUAACAUACGUGGGUAAAGAAUUCCAAAGUGUUGCUGCCAGAAAUGAGAAUAAUUUGUGGCACCACUCUUAAUUAAAAUUGUGUAGCAUUAAAAGUGUGCCCGACCCUCCUAAAUUAUAAUUACAGACUUAAUUUAAAAAAUUCUUCUGCACAAUUCUUACGUAGAUAAAAUAGAGGCAGUCGCGCGUAAACUUAAAAGUUGAACCAUGCUGUACCUUUAUAUUUGCAUCAUCUCUAUUUUAUUUACGAGAAGGUAAAAAAGCUAUGGGUUUGAUAAGCGAAGUAUCAAGUUUCGCACGUGCAGCACGCUUUUUGGUACAUUUCUUUGCCGUCCCUGCAUGACCACGAAAUCUAAUGCACGAUACGAGAAUCGCGUAGCACACGCGGCGCGAUUCUUAUCGCGCGGGGAACUAGUCGCGACUUGCAACUUUUGAGCAGUACUGAAUUGCUACUCUUGGAUAAGCUUAGACAGGGAAGCACUUAAAGGAACAGUAUCCCGUUACUGCGCAUGCACCAAACUUUGAUUUUUGGACAGGAUGUCGCGAAAUCAAAAGAUGCGAGGAGAGUAAGAGAAUCUUGAAAAAUCCGUUUACAUCGCGCUUGGCCGGGUUCAAUACGACACUAAAACUUCUCAGGAUUAUAGAUCAAUGAUAUAUUGUUCCUGUUAAGUUUUCAUUUGGGCAAAAUCUGGAUUUUUUGGCGUUUCUUUUAUUGCCGUUGGCCGGAGGACCAAAAGAUUGGAAGCACUUUGAUGCCGAUUGAAGGCUUAUUUCUUCUGCUAGCUUCCAUACAAGCUCAGAUAAUUGUGAAAGGAAUACGCAGAAAUGAAACAGCAACAAUAAAGACUGUAAGAAAGAAACCGUUGAGACAUUGAUGUGACUGAGGAGAUCUUGUGGAGGGGAGCUUCGAGAAGCAGAAUGUUUUGCAACGACGCGUCAGUAAACUUUUAAAUGAAUCUCCCCACGGCCGACAAAAUCGAACAAACAGUCGCUACAUGUUUUGAAAAACUAGUGACAUGAAAUCAUAAUAUCAUUUUUGACUAACCUUUGUGAUGAUUCAUAGCGUUGAGAUUGCAUUUUUAUUUAUGUCUUUCAAACGUUUGAGGCUAGAACGCGAGCAAAUCAGGCAGACUUGGAGCGAUUGACCUCUGACUCGAGUUUCAAAUUAGAAAAUAUGUUUUUAAAGCGAGCGGAACGAGAUUUUCGGGUCGCGAGACGGCCCAGCUAGCGAUAAAAUCGCGAUGAGUCUUCGAACUGCGAGCCAAAUUUUUAUAUAAGACGAAAGACUUCUUCGAAAGUCUAAAAUAUUACUUGAGAAUAUAAACAACAAAUCUCUGUCGGCGGUGCGGUCCGGAAGGAAAUCUUGUCGAGUCAAUUUGACAGUUCCAUUGUCUUCUGAAGAAAAAACAGAUGAUGCUCGCGCGUGCGCAUAAUCGGGACACUGUCCCUUUAAGUCGCAUGCCGCAAAACCAUUCUGCUGACGGUCGGUAAAUCUGGGUGGUUGAACGAAAGAUCUUUGUACUUCGGUUGAACUAUCAAACUUACAAAUAGCCUAUUCUAGGCUCCAAGAGAGUAGGGAAAGCGCAUAGAGAAAAGUUGUGAGAAAACCGCGGGGAGCUGGGGAGAGACAGGGAAGUGGACCGGAAGCACUGUUUUCAAGGCGGUUGUUACUUUUCUAAUCUGCGGCACGUUUGCGGUGACAGUUUUCACGCUUUGCGGAGUCCCGGACUUUCCGGGGUGGAAAUGAAAAUUUAUGAGAGAUCGUUGUAAGUCCUCCUUUCCUCGGCCCCUCGCUCGCUCGUUCUCGCGAGGCUCGCUUCGCUUGCCCAAAUAGGAGAGCUUGCUCGCAGGCUAUCCUGUUUUCAAUACUUCAUUCCAGUAUACCAGCUCUUGGUACCCUACGAUUGGUGUUUUUUGGGCAGUUGACGUCAACCUCGUUAGUUGCUUAGCUUCGCGCACGUAGAGACAAAGAAAACGCAUAGCGAGCGUGUGAAAGCCUCCUACACAACAGAUUUUGACAUUUUAACAUUUUUCGUUUUAAAGUUGGCGGGGUUGUGGGCAGACUGUGGUAUUUGCAAAAAUGCUUACGGGCUCUCCUCUUCUCUCUUCCCGCCGCUUUUCGCUCGCUUGCCUUUUUUCGCUCGUCUACUCUGAACGAGAGCAGCUAUAGAUUUGCAUCGAAUGAAAAAGCCGAGGCUGUUCGCUAAAUCACUUGCUUUUACUUCCUUGCGCCAAUGACAUCUAAUACUUUCUUUAUUUCGAAAUGCUGUUUGUUUGGGUUUACUUGUAAUCAUUUUAAUAUGAACGAAAAUAACCUGUAAGUGAAGUUUUUCUCGUACUAGAAUUUCGUUUCAGGGAUUUUCGUCCGUUACAUUAUUUAUUUUUCUUUAUCCUUUUCAGUUGCCGCUAAUCUUAAAAAAGUAAUUGAUGAUCCACCAAGCAGUAAAUCCAUGAUGUUUCCAUUGGUAAGUAUUGCAGUUCACCCUUGCUUAAUAUUUUCAUUCCCUUCAUGGGUUUACAGACCGACAAAUUUCCCUUUCUGCGCUCUCCCCCCCACCCCCUCCCCCCCCCCCCCGCCUCUGUAUCUAUCCUCACCGGGUUCUCGGAAAGUACCUCACCCUGUGCAGAUUCACCUGAUCGGGAUUUGGGAUUCACCUGAUCACCGCAGUGUCGGUAAUAAGAGGUUAAGUUUAUAGGAAUUUGCUCGCUGGGGCCGAGACAGUGUCCGUUGUCAGUAUUAGAGAGGGUUUUUUUUUUCAAAGAAAAUAUAUAUGAAAAUUUUGUCGGGACAUUGGAAACUGUCCGUACCGAGAGGUUCGAAUGUACGUUAACCUUACACUACCAUACCGACCCGCCAAAAUUCCGGCGAAACGUUUAAGUAAAUAUCUAAUAAACUGUCUUUCAUAACUGAUACUCUUUAUCAUGCGACCCUAGCCUUUCUUUUCUUUAACUUUUAACGUAAAUUCAAGUUGGGCUUCAGUAGACGUCGUUCUUUCUAAGAAUGUUGAAAAAAUGUAUUAUUUUCCUUAAUGUAUUUGUAACUUUAUCCUGGGAAUAUAUUACAUCUGUAAUAACUAAAUACUAAUUUACCAAUUUAUCGAUCGGUAAAAAUGGCAACGACCGUAUACGAAAGGGAAGUCAUGGGAAGUGGGCCGCGGGGCCUGACACUGCGUGCGCGAGAGGUCAUACGUGACUCACAUCUGUAAUAACUACAUACUUAGUUACCAAUGGCAGGAUCAGCUAACCGUGGCAGGAUUAGCUCAGUCGGUAGAGCGUUUGACUGCAGAGCGGGAGGUCGCGGGUUCGAAUCCCGGGGCCGGACCAUUACUCAGGGUCUUAAAAUGACUGUGAAAUGAAGGUACUUCCUUUGCACUGCAAGCGGCGAGACCUUCGCAUGGCUCGGAUGACCACGUAAAAUGGCGGUCCCGUCUCCAUUAGGAGAAGUAAAAAUAGUGUCCCCAGUUAGCACUUUCGUGCUAAAUACAUUGACACUCAAAUGAAAAGUGCAAGUGCAAAGUGCAAUGGUGGUAUCGAUCGGUAAAAAUGGCAACGACCGUAUACGAAAGAGAAGUCAUGGGAAGUGGGCCACGCGGCCUGACACUGCGUGCGCGAGAGGUCAUACGUGACUCACCUAUGUGGUUAAUGGAGAGCUUGUACGCAAAUUUUCUUCCUGAAACAGUCCUCCGACGUUUCGUUAAGUAGCUCGUAGCUUAUAGGAAUUUUCUGCAUGUCACUUAAAUAUUUGAUAACUUUCUGUUUCAGAAAUCAAGCAGCAAUUCAAAUGAAGUUGUGGACGACAAAACUUUAAUUGGAUUCGCUCAACUUACGAUAAACUCUUAGCACUUUAUAGCCACGAAAAUCAUCAGUCUCUAUCUUUAAUUCGUUUGUAUAUGCGCCCUAGCCUCCAAGUGGUAAUCUCUUUUCGCAAGGGCACAGUGGAUAGCCUGCAUCGGAGACACUCUAAACUGUCUGUAUAGGGAAAUCAAAACCAAUGCAUGGGCCAGCUGCCAUGCUGGCUAAUUACAGUGGAAUGCUGUGGCUCUCCUUGCAUUUACAGAUAUUCAGACGCCGAUCAUUUCACGUGCGUAAAGGAGACGUGUCACAAAAUUCAACUAAAUUCAGACAGUAAGAAUUGGCACCUUAUUGGCUGAAACAUUAAACAACCCCUUAAUGCAGUAAAAGAAGGUUUAAAUAACAGCAAAUACAAAUGAAAGUGCAGAUCAUUGGCGGAUUUAGAUCU